AUCGGCUUCUUCGUUUCUCUCGUGGGAUCUGAGGGGCUCUUGCUUGGACUCAUGGCUUACGACCGCUACGUGGCCAUCAGCCACCCCCUUCACUACCCCAUCCUGAUGAGUCGGAGGGUCUGUCUCCAGAUCGCUGGGAGCUCCUGGGCCUUCGGGAUAACCGACGGGCUGAUUCAGAUGGUGGUGGUAAUGCCCUUCCCCUACUGCGGCUCGGGGGAGGUGGACCACUUCUUCUGCGAGGUGCCAGCUCUACUGAAGCUGGCCUGUGCAGACACGUCCCUCUUUGAUACCCUGCUCUUUGCUUGCUGUGUCUUCAUGCUUCUCCUCCCCUUCUCCAUUGUCGUGGCCUCCUAUGCACGCAUCCUGGGGGCUGUGCUCCGCAUGCACUCUGCUCGGGCUCGGAAGAAGGCUCUGGCCACCUGCUCCUCCCACCUGGCAGCGGUCUCCCUCUUCUACGGUGCAGCCAUGUUCAUCUACCUGAGGCCUAAGCGGUACCGGGCCCCGAGCCAUGACAAGGUGGUCUCUGUGUUCUACACGGUUCUUACUCCUAUGCUCAACCCCCUCAUUUACAGCUUGAGGAACCGGGAGGUGAUGGGGGCCGUGAGGAAGGGGCUGGGCCGUUGCAGGGUUGGCAGCCAGCGCUGAGGCCAGUGCUCCCUUUACUGCUGUGUGAGGCUGGGAAGUCGCUUUCCCUGGCGAGUGUGCAAUUCCAUCAGCAAAUGAGAAUCCGGACACCUGCCCAACCCCUCAGGGACUUUGUAAGGAUCACAACACACAUAAAAGCAUGAAGAGGCAAUGCCUUGCUGCCAUGGUCAUUUUUGAUUGUUUAUGGCAUCCCGGAACUAAAUUUAUUGUACUUCUUAAUUUUUAAAAAAUAUAUAUUUUUUUGAGUACUUACUAAGUCCUAAGCACUUUUCCUGUUUUCUUACAUACCAACUUCUUUUUCUUCUCUUA